AUGCCUUCUCUUCACCAUGGAACAAUCCUCAUUGGGGUGUUCCUCAUCGUCACCGGGGGCUCCACGGCCUUCCUGACCUCGUCCCAGAGCCGUAUGCAAGCCUUUUCCCUCUGCUGCGUGAUUAUGGGUGCGUUGAUGCUCAUACUGGGGUUAUUCUGGGCCAUGAACCGUAAAAGCUCCGUGAACUACACCGGCGAAUACAACGGAGAGUUUCCACACUUCAAUAACGACUCUGUCCACAGCAGUCACGUUCUUUUCACGUCCCCGGGACACAGCCUUCCGGAAUCCCAGUCGGCAUACGUGCAAAGGACCCUGGAGUGUCAGAGGCACGGGCCCUACUGCGGGGACUUUGACCGCCCCCCCGUGGACCCAGGUUGUUUUAGCCCAGCCCCUCACCCCCCUCCCUGGCUGGGGCCUCCCCCUCCAUAUGAGGUGGCCAUCAAGACCACCUGCAGCUCCACACACCUGCGACGAGCCUACUCAGACUCUCACCUAGCAUCCGAACCACUGUUCGGGCGAUCGCGAGAGAUCAGUUUUGAGGUGUGACACUUUUUGUGACAACCCCCCCCUACCCCCCACCCCGCUCAACAGUUCCUCUCCACCUAUGAGACUGUAGGAGGGAUGCUGCCGUUUUGACACCAUGGGUUUGAAUAUGGGCCUCUUGAACUGAAACUGACCUUUGAGUUGGUCUGAGUUGACCUUUAGAUUCUCAAACGGUCACACACAAGUACUCCUUCACCUCAUCUUUUUGCCAUCACGUACACACAGACACACACAGCUAACUCAAUGUGUUUGUUGAUUUGAGUGUGUGUGUGUGUGAGUUCCUGUUAAGGAGCAUCUUUCCACCUCUAACCCCAGCUCUAUAGGCUAUGCAUGGUUCACAAACACCUUUGAUUGGAUGAUUUUCCAUGUUCUGUUCUGUCAUGUUUUCAAUUAAUAAAGGAGAGAUGAUGAUGCUAUG